UCGCGUGUGAUUGUGAGUUGGCGACAUGUUCAACCUGAAUCAGCCUCACCGUGCUGCACUGCACAGCUUUGUGUGUCAGUCUAUACUAGUAUUGAUAUGUCUGGUAUGCUAUGGAUACGGCGGUCUGAGCGGUGCAAAUUUUGUAUUCGAUGACACUGUGGCCAUUGUUAAAAACAAAAAUGUAAACUCAUUGCCUACCAAUUGGACUGCCAUAUUUACACAUGAUUUCUGGGGCGCACCACUGAAUAGCCGAGAUUCGCACAAGUCCUAUCGUCCUCUGACAACGCUUAUGUUUCACUACGAAUACGCACUCCUGGGCCUAAGUGCAGGCUAUAUGAAAUUUCUUAAUCUGAUGCUACACUGUGUGAAUACGUUGCUUAUGUGGCGUCUAGUGCGUUCGUUCUUUAUAGUCGCCCUUGACGUUGAACGCUGGGCAACAUUAUCGGCGGCGCUAUUUGCUGCACAUCCAGUACAUACCGAAGCCGUUUCAGGUGUUGUAGGUCGCGCCGAACUUAUGUUUUGUCUUAUACAUCUGCUUUGCCUGUUGCUGACUGUGGCGAAUGUGGACAAGCGCAGCGCCAGCAGCUAUGCCUUAAUACUGCUGCUCACAGCUAUAGGCAUGCUGUUUAAGGAAUCUGCCGUGACCAUACCGUUCUCCUGCAUUAUGGUGGAUUAUUUUCAGACUAGCACCUAUAUGCUGCCAUGGAGUGUGCAGCUGGAUGCUGCAGUCAAUCGCAUGCGUUACGUGUGCUUAACGACUGGCUCAUUGUUUCUACUACUACUGCGUCUCUGGUGGCAAAACUUUGAAAGGCCACACUUCAAGGAAGUGGACAACCCCAUUGCAUACAAUGAUCAUCUGUUGACGCGUGGUCUAUCACAGCAAUUUCUAUUUGCUAUCAACUUUUGGCUGCUGCUCUGCCCGCAAUGGUUGUGCUUUGACUGGGCAGUGGGAUGCGUGCGGCUGAUUGAAAACAUGUGGGAUAUACGUCUGCAGUCGGUUAUUGCCAUCUACUGCCUCGUCAUAUUGGCCUUCACGACUUUUAGACGUCUAGCUGGGCUGAUGUUGAGUCUGGCUUUGAUCGUUAUACCCUUUCUGCCCGCCUCGGGCAUCAUUAGCGUGGGCUUCGUCAUUGCCGAGCGUGUGCUGUAUGUGCCUUCGAUUGGAUUUUGUAUGCUAAGUAUGUAUGGCUUUCUUUACUGCUACGAGGGUGUGUCCAACAAGAAGACAUUGCGGGUGAUGCUCCAAGUAUCGCUCAUGCUGCUCUAUGCUGUUAUGAUGGUGCGCACUAAACAACGCGCUGCCGAGUGGCUAACCGAGGAUAAACUGUUUACAUCGGCCUUAACUGUAUGUCCCAAUAAUGCCAAGGUGCACUACAACAUAGCACGUCUGGCCACGGAUACGGGCAAUACUACCAGAGCCUUUUUGCAUUAUCACAAAGCCAUUCAAUUGUAUCCGAAUUAUGAAUCGGCGCUAAUGAACCUUGGCAAUUUGUAUCGCGAAAAUGGUGAUUUGAUUACAGCAGAAGCUUACAUACGCAAGGCAUUGAAAGUUUAUCCAAGAUUUCCCGUGGCCUGGAUGAAUCUGGGCAUAGUGCAGUCAGCUCGACAGAAAUACAACGAAGCUUUGUACAGCUAUGAGCAGGCACUUAAGCUUAGACCCGGCUAUGCAGUCUGCUAUUACAAUUUGGGCAACUUAUUUUUGGAGCAGCAACGCUAUGUCGAGGCAAUGCAGAAUUGGCAGCAAGCAGUCGCUUUGAAUCCACGACAACCAAAAGCCUGGGCUAAUAUACUCACUAUGCUUGAUAAUCGCGGCAUGUAUGAGGAUGCAUUGCGCAUAUCGGAACAGUCGCUUGAGCAUCUGCCCCACGAACCCAGCAUCUUGUUCAUACGCGCCAAUGUAUACGGCAAGCUAAAGCAUUAUGUGGAGGCAGAGACUUUAUAUAAGCAAAUAAUCGCACUUGAUCCGAAUAAUAUGCUCUAUCAUACCAAUCUGGGCGUGCUCUAUCAUCGCUGGGAUAAACUGCAAGAUGCCAUUGAAUCAUAUCAGACUGCUAUAAGCAUCAAUGCCUCCAAAGCAACAACUGCACGCGAUAAUCUGGUCAAGCUUCUCAAGCGCAUGGAGCGUGAGGCAAGCCCCAACAUUUAAAUUGGACAUGAACCAACUAACUAACGAGCUAAGCAAACUUGUCAUUAUUAUAAGACAUUUGAUAGAUAAAGAACGCAAAAUACUUUUUACAAAUAUUCCUAUUCUCAUACCUACAUAUAAAAAAUGUUUUCUCACAUUAGUGGGACUUACACACAAACGAUCUAUUCUCACAACAGUGAAACUUACACAUAAAGGAUCAAUUCUUACAACAGUACUUAAGACUUACACAUAAAGGAUCUCUCUACUCAUUCUACGAUUUUUAUACACUUUGACAAUUCAAAAUUUAACAAAGCGUAUCUGAUAAUCAGAAGAGCCAGCAGAGACACUUAAAAAGCAUUUAUUUUCUCGAUCAAAAAGGAUCACUUACGUUAUCCGUCCGUCCAUCUGUUUAAAUACCUAGAAUUAGAGACACCCAAAUUGAUUGAGUUAGAUCUUUCAUUGGAGCAUGUAAAACAUGUUUUAGAAUUAUGAGUUUAAAUAACAAUGCUAGUCAUUUUUUCAUAUACUAUACGAAAUUCCUGUCAAAGUGUAUGUGAAAGUUGGCUGCAUUCAACUUUAGCCUCACGCUGGCCUGCAAUCAAUAAGUAGUUAGCAAAC